AUGGAGGAAGCUGAUGGUGGCAUUGCUGUUGUGGGCAUAGGAUGCAAUUUUCCAGGGGGAGAGGGGCUUGACAACUUCUGGAAGGUUCUUUUGGCUGGGAAGAACUGUUCCGCGCCUAUUCCCAGGGAGAGAUUUGACCUAGCCAGCUGGUAUGAUCCUGAUGACAACAAAGCCGGCAAAUCUCGCACAGCGAAGGCUGCUCUCAUCGAGGGGUUCAAUGUGUUUGACCACAAGUUCUUUGGCAUCAGUGACAGUGAAGUGGAACAGAUGGACCCCCAACAAAAACAGCUUCUUCAGUGUGUCUACAGGGCUUUGGAGAAUGCUGGUUUACCAAUGGAGAAGGCCAGUGGGACGAGGACAGGAGUAUUUUUUGGUCUCAUGAACAGAGAUUAUGAGCAAUCAGCUGCACAUGUGCAUCCCUCUGUGAUUAACCACUGGACAAGUACUGGGCUCGCUAUGAGCAUAGCAGCCAACCGAGUCUCCUUCAUCUUCAACUUCACUGGACCCUCAAUGUGCAUAGACUGUGCUUGUUCAUCAUCGCUUGUGGCACUUCAUCUUGCCUGUCAAUCCAUUAAACAAGGGGACUGUGACAUGGCUCUGUGUGGGGGUGUUAGCUGUAUCAUCGAGCCGAGAGUCUUUGUCGCUCUCAGCAAAGCAAAGAUGAUCUCACCUGAGGGAACCAGCAAACCUUUCUCCAGCAGAGCAGAUGGCUAUGGCAGAGGAGAGGGCUGUGGUGUGGUUCUGCUGAAACCUUUGAAAAAGGCAAUACAGGACCGUGACCAUAUAUGGGGUAUCAUCAGCAAAACAGCAGUUAACCAGGAUGGUCACACAGUCACCCCAAUCACCAAGCCCUCCAUGGUUCAACAAGAAGAACUUCUACGAAGAAUCUACAGUAAGUCUGACCUUGCAAAUGUCCAGUACAUAGAAGCACAUGGGACUGGAACCCCAGUUGGAGACCCAACAGAGGCAGGGAGCAUCUCAAAUGUCAUUGCCAAAGCCAGACCUCCAGGUUCAGAGAUCCUCCGCAUUGGUUCUGUGAAGAGCAACAUUGGACACACUGAAUCUGCAGCAGGAGUGGCAGGACUUAUCAAGGUACUCUUAAUGAUGAAACACGAAACCCUUGUUCCCUCAGUGUUCUACUCUGAAGACAGUGCCAGUGUAGAUGCCAAAGCCCUAAACAUAAGCGUUCCUACUGAGGCAGAGAGGUGGAGUGGCCUUGGUGAAAGAAUUGCAGGUGUUAACAACUUUGGUUUCGGGGGAACAAAUGCACAUGCUAUUGUCAAGCAAUACAAAAAGGUACCACUUCCUCAAAACAUUAACUCCAAACAAAGGAAGUGUUUUGUCAUGUCGGCAAAUUCACCAAAAUCUCUCAUUAUGAUGUGUGAAGACACCAAGGAACAGCUAGAAAACAACAGCAAGGUUGACCUAGAUUCUCUGGCAUAUACAUCAGCUUGUAGGAGAAGCCACCUAAAGCACAAAUACAGAAAGGCAAUCAUAUUUUCAUCUCUAGCAGAUCUUCAAGAUCAGCUUAUGUCUGCACUAAGCAAAAACAUUGCACCCUCAUUUUUAGAUCCAAGGUUAGUGUUUGUUUUCUGUGGAAAUGGCGUCACUUACCAUGGUAUGUGUAAGCAGCUCAUAAAACACGAGAGUGUGUUCAGACACAAGAUCCAAGAGAUUGGUAAAAGUUUCCAAAUGGUCAGUGAUUUGAACAUCUUGGAAAAACUCGAGAGUGAGUUUGAAAGUACUGAUUUUGCAAGACCUGAAGUUGUCCAGCCUCUCCUCUUUGCUAUUCAAGUUGGCAUUACCACUCUCCUAAGGCAAUGGGGUGUCAAACCUGAUGCUAUACUUGGACAUUCUGUUGGAGAGGUUGCUGCUGCUCACUGUUCGGGCCUAUUAUCUCUUGACGAUGCAGUAAAGGUGAUCUACUUCCGCAGUACUCUCCAAAGUAAAGUUACAGGGGGCAAGAUGCUUGUGAUCAGUAAUAUGGCUGUAUCAGAAGUUGUUAAUAUUCUUCCUCGUUACUCCAAUAAGAUUUGCAUCGCUGCCUUCAACAGCCCGCUGUCUUGCACAGUUUCAGGUGAUGCAAAUGCAAUAGAAGGCCUCCAUGAUGAACUCAGUAUGUCAGUCAAGAGUCAGAACCUGUUCCUCCAUGUGCUGGAAGUCCCUGCUGCUUAUCACAGCCACAUGAUGGAUACAAUUCUGUCUGAAAUAAAGGAAAGUAUUGGCUCCUUACAAGUGAAUGACCAAGAAACAGAGCUGUUCUCUACAGUCACAGGCAAAGAGGUAGAGCAUCCUGAUUUUAGCACAGGAGAAUACUGGGCCAGAAACAUCCGUGAGCCAGUAUCAUUUGAGCAGGCAGUGAGAUCAGUAACUAAAGGUAAGAAGAACGUAGUCUUUGUAGAGAUUGGCCCAAGGAGAGCCCUGCAAAGGAACAUCAUGGAGAUUCUUGGAAACAACAUCCCUGUCCUUGCCUCAGUUCAGCCUGACAAAGAUCAUGAAACAAUGCUGACAACAGUUGCUAAGCUGUUUGAAACAGGGGUUCAGGUUGAUUGGAAUCAGUUCUAUAGAGAAUGUGAGACAAUGCCGUUGCCUUUCCCAAAAUACCAGUUUGACUGCUAUCAGAGAGAUGUUAUCAUAGGAGCAGCACAGAAAAACACAGUAGGUAAUCACCCUGUGCUCUGUCAGACUGGCAAUGAAGGAAAUGUCUUCAGCUGUGAUCUGUUGUCCAACUCAUACCUGCAAGACCACAAACAUAAUGGUGUACCCAUCAUCCCUGGUGCCUUCUAUGUUGAGUUGGGUUUGGCUGCUUUCAUGGUUAAUGCAAAACCUAAAGUCCCGCUCAACUCAAUUCAGCUCAGUGUUGAUUUUCAGAGUCCAUUUGUUUUAACACAGAACGCACCAGAGAUGAAAGUAAAACUGCAGCCAUCGGGGAAUGAAUGCAGUUUCACAGUAUUCUCACCAUUUGCAGUCUAUGCAUCAGGCACAGUAGUUUCCAAGCGAGAAAGGCUGAUCGAAGAGCAAAAUAUUUCAUUAAGCUCUAUCUACAAGAGAUGCAAAUCUACAUUGAGUUCUAAAGAAUUAUAUGGCCAUCUUUCACAAGGUGGCUUUCAAUAUGGGGAUGUUUUCAAAAAUAAGGAGGAUGUGCAUUACGGGGAAGACCUAAUGGAAGCUAUUUCAGUUGUCAGAGUUCCAGAGGAAUUACAUUCGCAGUUGCAUGAGUACUGCCUCCAUCCCAUUAUACUAGAUUUCCUAAUGCAGCUUCUCCCAGUCACAAUAGUGCAUGCAUUUGCUGGCAGGCCAGGGUUUCCAGCCAAAAUAGGAAGCUUGACAGUUUUUGAACCCCUGCAGGAUGAAAUGAUAGUGUACCUCAGAGCAAUGGAUGUGGGUGUAAAUCACUUUGAGGUGUGUGGGUGCUUCACAGAUAAAGAUGGCAGGGUGCUGGUUGAGGUUAAGCAUGUGCUGAUCAAGUACCUUGGGAGUCAUUUCCAAGUUGUAGAAGAGUACUUCUACCACAAUGACUAUAAUGUCAUUGCUGAAGAAAUCACAUCCUCUGAUCUUCCUAGGGCGCUGGUCUUCUGUGACCAACUAGGAAUAUCAAAAUCCCUGCAGCAACACUUGGACUCAAGAUCAAAAUACAUUUCUCUCACACAUGCAAAAGAUAUCUUAAACCACGGAUUCCCCAUGCUCUUGAAAAAUCUUAACAUCACAGAUAUUGCGAAAAAUUUUGAUGAGGUGUUGUUUUUGUGGGGCACUGAUGAUCUCACUUCACUAGUAGCAGAUGUUGUCCUGCAGAACCUGGUGAACUGCUGUGAGAUUUACCGCCGAGUAGUCCUGCAACUGAAAGCAAUUCAGUUUCCAAAUUCCAUCAGGGCAGUAACGUACUGCUCAGCAGAAAUCACAGUAGACCAUAUAAGUCCAGGUUUUGCCCUUUCUGGCAUGACCAGAUCAUUUGCUGCAGAAAUACCAGAUCUUUCCUUUCAGCUGAUUGAUAUAAGCUCUACCUCUGCUGAGGAUAUCACAGCUCUGUCUCAGGUCUUGAGAUCAUAUCCUUGCAAUCGGUUCCCAGAGCUGGUGGUAAAAGAUGGGCAGAUUUUGAAACCUUCCAUUGUUCGUACCCCAGUUCAAGUCGUUGACGAGUCAAAGGGCAGUUUCUGGUCUACAUCCACUGAGACCUGUGUCCUUCAGACAGCUGAUGCAUAUACUGUGACGCAAUUGUGUGCCACACCGCUUGAUGCUGAGGAGCAGUCACUGAAUCCAGCAUCAGUUGAAAUUCAACUCAAUCAGAUGUGUGUUCACUCAUCUGAUUAUUUUCCUAUCAGUGCUUCACACUGGAAAUUUGGCCAGGGGAUCUACUGGAACAAACAUGCCACUCAGAACCACAAGCUACUUGCUCUUGAUUUCAGUGGUACUAUUACAGCAGUAGGGAGGGAUGUUAAGAAAUUUAAAGUUGGAGACCAUGUGGCUUCCUGUUAUCCCAUUGUGGCAGCAACCAAGAUAGUUGUCCCAGAGGAUGUGUGUUACAGCACAAAAAGGUUCCCAUUCCUUCAGAAAACACCAUGUGUUUCAUUCUUUGUAUUGGCAUGGGAAAUCAUGCACAGAGCCUUGCCCAAAGCAAAACAACGUCUGGGAAUUAUAUCUUCUAUUCCUGACUCUGCUCUGACUAAAGUCUUGGCUCUCACAUCCUACAAAUCAGGGUGGAAUGUCAUUGUCGGUGCACAUUGCAGUGGAUCCAUUGUAGAUGCAUUUGUCCUCCUCCCUCCAUUUGAUGAGUCACUGAUUGCCAAAGUUGGUAAUUUUUCUGGUGUCAAAAAUGUUGUCAUCAUCUGUGAAUCACAGUCUCACUGUUUGCUUGCUCAAGAUGCUUUCCAAAGUGUGAAUGAAAGCGUUCACAUGCAGACAAUUCAAUUGCCAACUAUUUUACAAAAGGGAACACUGAGUGCCCAUAGGCCACACAUUUAUCGUUGGCUCAAGUCCAUGAACUUGAAUGGGGCGUCAUUAGUUCUCGAGAGUCUUACCUUUCAAUCUGUGACACCCCAGAGUAUCAGCAUGCCUCUCUUGAAGAAAUCAGAAUCGUACAUCAACUCAAGGACCCUGUCUGUUGUGAGACUGACCAAAGAUUUCAAAGGUAGUCUAUCUGAAAUUCCAUUGCUGCCUAAAGAAAGACGGCUUUUCCGAAAGAGAGCUGUGUAUAUUGUGACAGGUGGUCUCUCGGGCUUGGGCUUUGAAACAGUCAAGUUCAUUUCUCAAAGGGGAGGGGGAUGUGUUGUUAUACUCUCCAGAAGCAGUCCCACACCAGAUAUGCAGCAAGAGAUGCACAAUGUGGAGAAACAGUGUGGGGCAUACAUCACCAGCAUGGAGUGUGACGUAUCUGUCUCUCAGCAUGUUUACAAGGCUAUUGGUGCUAUUGGUCAUAAAUUCCCUGCUUGUCCAAUAAGAGGAGUGUUUCAUAGUGCAGUUGUCUUGCAUGAUGGGCUGAUCGAGACACUUGAUAAAUCCCUCUAUGAAAAAGUUCUCAAGCCAAAAGUGAAUGGUGUUAUGAAUCUGCACUAUGCAACAAAGAACUUAAAUUUAGAUUACUUUGUGUGCUAUUCCUCAAUCUCUGCAUUCAUGGGAAAUGCAUCGCAAACAAACUACUGUGCAGCCAAUACAUUCCUUGACGCAUUCUGUCAAUACAGACGCAAGCUUGGCCUUCCCGGACAGUCUAUUAACUGGGGGGCCUUGAACCUUGGUCUCCUUUUGAAUAAAGAACAUUUUCAAAGGUUUCUGGAGGCAAAGGGGAUGAUGGUACUGGAUGUGUCUGAGAUACAUAAAAGUUUGGAACAAAGCCUCAUGCUUAACAGACCCCAACAGGCCAUAUGCAGGUUUCACUUCAAAAAUAUCAGGUACAACAUCCUCUCUCAAAAUGCUGCCUUGACCAAUCGUAUGUCUGCAUUAGUAGAGGAAGCAUUCCAAAAGUCCAAACAGGUUGAUUCACAAACAAAACAAACAGACACAGUCUCACCAAAAGAGUAUGUCAAAUAUCUGCUAAGUGAGACCAUUGGUAUUGACAAGAGUGAGCUGAAUGAUGAAUUAACUCUGUCAUCUUUAGGAAUUGACUCAAUGCAGGCAAUGACUCUACAGAAUCUCAUGUUUCAAGAGAGAGGUGUGAAUGUGUCAUUGGUUAAAUUGUUGGACCCAAAUGCCACACUAUCAACAGUUGUCGCUAUCCUAACAGAAGGAGAUGAAGGUGAAAAUUUCAAUGAUAAGCCAAAAACACCUGCGAUUGAAACCAUGAAUGUUGUGUCAACUAGACUGUAG